AUGCUCCAUGGGCAGUCAGACACAGAAAGGUCUCGGGAGCAGCAAGCUGCCGACCUCCAGUACCGGCGCCUUCGCGAGGACCUGAAGGCUGCGUUGGAGGACUUGGAUGCGCUGAAGCAGACCGUUUGCCAGGAGAUGACGGAGCGUCGCGAGGGCGAGGAAACGCUGAGCCAGCUCGUUCGCGAAGUUCGGGAGAGCAUUCUCAAGGAGACACAGAGCCGGACGAACGCUGAGGAGGCCAUGAAGGAAGCUUUCCAACUCACCUUGGAGCAGGAGAAGGUUGACCGCGUCGCGGACGUGACUGCGCUGCGGACGGUAAGCUCGACCUUGCAGAAGGACUUGGCUUCUCUGAAAGAAGUGGUCCCAAACCAUCGGGCGCGCUUGGGUGAGGUGGAGCACUUUAUGAACACCCGGCUGAAGGAAAUUCACAAGGGCCUUGAGGAGGAACUCCAGAAACGAGCGGCAGCAGACGCGAAGUUGGAGAAGAACUUCAAGGAGCUGAGCAGCGCGUUGGAGACGGAGGCCUCCACGCGCCAGAGCUUGGCGGAAGAAGUGGAUCAGGUUCUGAAGACCAUGAAGUCCAAGAUGAAGAGCUCCGUGGCUGAGCAGGGCGAACUGUGCAGGCAAGCCUUAGAGGCGGCCAAGAAGCAGCUCACGGCGAGGGGCCAAGAGGAUCACGAGGUCUGGGCUUGA